CCAUUGCUUUCCUGACACAAGAUCCCAGCAUGCAGCAUCUACUAUUACUUUGCCUUCUCACUGUAACCUGUGAUGGCUUCAGGAGGAUAUCACUCAAGAGGAUGCCUUCCAUUCGUGAGACACUGAGGGACAUGGGUGUGAAAUUAACGGACGUUUUCCCUGAGAUGAAGUUGAUGGCGUCUGGGAACAAAAUAUUCACCAACAAGACUGCCCCCACAGAGCUCACAAACUACCUGGAUACUCAGUAUUUUGGGGAGAUCAAAAUCGGCUCUCCUCCGCAGACAUUCAAAGUGGUGUUUGAUACAGGAUCUGCCAAUAUGUGGGUGCCAUCCCGCAGCUGCUCUCCACUUUACAGUGCAUGUGUGUCACACAACCAAUAUGACUCCUCAAAAUCCCAAACCUAUAUUAAGAAUGGAACAGGCUUCUCCAUACAGUAUGGAUCUGGGGGAGUGAAGGGAUUCCUGAGCCAGGACCUUGUCAUUGUUGCAGAAAUUCCGGUGAUCCAGGUUUUUGCCGAAGCCACUGCCCUCCCAGCAUUGCCCUUUAUUUUUGCACGCUUUGAUGGGGUGUUGGGGAUGGGAUUCCCAAACCAAGCUAUUGAUGGAAUUACCCCAGUCUUUGACCAAAUCGUGUCUGAGGGAGUUCUAGAGAAGGAAGUCUUUUCUGUGUAUUACAACCGGGAUAUCCACUUGAUGAAAGGUGGAGAGAUCAUCCUGGGUGGUUCAGACUCCGAAUAUUACACAGGAAGCUUUGACUAUCUUGAACUCGAAAAGAAAGGAUACUGGCAAAUCAGUAUGAAGGGGGUGUCAGUUGGAGCAGAUCUCCUGUUCUGCAAGGAUGGGUGCUUGGCAGCAAUAGACACAGGAGCAUCUUACAUAACAGGUCCUGCUGGUUCUGUGUCAGUUCUUAUGAAAGCUAUCGGCGCCACGGAAUUAGCAGAAGGACAGUAUAUUGUGGACUGUGAUAAAGUUUCCCAGCUCCCUGACAUAUCGUUCCAUAUGGGGGGGAAAAAGUACACUCUCAAAGGACCAGCAUACAUCCUGCAGCAAUCCCAGUUUGGAGAAGAAGUCUGUUCUGUAACAUUCUCUGCAUUGGACAUCCCUCCUCCUACAGGGCCUCUGUGGAUUCUUGGGGCCACCUUCAUAGGUCAAUAUUACACUGAAUUUGACAGACGUAAUAAUCGUAUUGGAUUUGCUACAUCCCGGAGCGUAGAAGGAAAAUGAGUUAUUCCCAUUGCCGUCAGAAAAGGCACAGAUAUACCCUGCUGUUCCCAUAGACGCAAAAUUAAAAAUGUAAAAGCUGUUGAAAUGUAGUAAACAAAUUUGU